ACCAAGAUGGAUCUGCUUGUGUUUUUGCGGAAUGUAUUUCUUCUUUGUUGGUUUUUAAUACCAAUGGUGGGAAGUUUUUCAUUUUAUGGAAACGGCCAUUUUCACGACUACCAGAAUGUGCCAACAUCCUUUGACAGAGGAAAUGAUUGGCAGCAACAACCAUUUUCAGAGAGUUCGUCUCCAUUCUCAUCUGGUAACGUGUGGCAGGAUAAACCGUUCUUGGACCAGCCCCGGCCCUUUGUUUCAGAAAAUGAUUGGCAGCAGAAUCCAUCUUCAUUUGUUUCUUCCUCACACUUUUCAGGUAACAUGUGGCAGGAUCAACCGUCUCGGGACCCGUCCCCUUACUUCCAUACAGGAAAUGUGUGGCAGCAAGAAUCCUUUCAGAGUCCAUCUGUGAUAUCUAAUUCAGGAAGUAAGUGGCAUCGAUGGUCACCUGAUCUACCAGCCUCCACCAGACAGCCAGGUAGUUUCAGAUGUCGUUUUUCUCCAUCGAUGUACGAUUAUUAUUGUGACCUCUGUAGACAAAAGUACGGUUAUGAAGCAUGCACGAUGAUUUGUUCAUGUCCUUAG